AUGUCGGAGGCCCUGGGAGCCGGUGGCCAGGAGCUCAUCUCGUUGCGGGCCGACGUGGACGUAGACCUGCUGGACCACGAAGGGGCUGGCGCGAUCCUGUCUAGGUCGAAGGGGGACCCGACCAACCCGCUGCUCGCGACCUACCGAAUGCAGGAGCCUGGCAGCCGCUUCCAGAUCAAGCUGCGCACGGUGGAGGGCCUGAACGGCAACAUAUCCUGCUUCGUGCUGCCCCAGACAAACCCGAAGACGGCGCACCUGGUGACGCUGGCGGUGAAGCCUUUGUCCCUACACGAGAAGAUCUCCGAGGUCCCGCCCGACGUGCCCAUGAACGAACUUCGACUUGUGGGCCCCUUCACGAUCGAGUACAUGCACCAGUGGAUCUCGCUCUGCGUCAACGAGCUGCCCUCGAGGCCGACCGGCGACCAGAUGGUCAUCUGCUACAGGACCACCUCGUCGUCGAGGCUCGAGCGUCGAGGAUGGACUCUUUCGGACCGUUAUGGUGGGCUCUGGGAGCCUUCUCUCGUCCGCCGGUGGAUCGGCCCUGCAUCUGUGGUCAGGACGCAGCCCGCCCGGGCCUCGGGAGUCAUGACCAAAAUCAUUUCACCAGAGAAGAUCCCAAUCUUGACGAGUAUCAGCCUUGCCCGCCCUGGCUGCAGGGCCGACCGCAGCCCGCCUUGUCGGCGCAGGUGCGGCCUCGAGCAAAUGCGGAGCAGCCUUGCGUAG